AUGGUGGUGGUGCUUCUUUAUGUGGAUGACAUAAUCUUGACGGGCAAUAACUAUGAUGAGGUUGCUCGUCUACAAGAUGAGCUCUCGCUCCGUUUUGAGAUGAAGAAGCUUGGUGAACUUGGAACUUUCCUUGGUCUACAAAUCGAAAAUUUUGAUAAAGGGUUAUUUGUAUCGCAUAUCAACUACGCAAAGAAGUUGGUAGAAAAAUUUGGUAUGACUGAUGGAAAAAAGAGCUAUACUCCUCUCGACGUAAAUCCUAGACUUAGUCGAGACGAAGGAACAUGUCUACCAGAUCCUCGUCCUUAUCGUGCUCUUGUGGGAAGUUUGAUUUAUCUGACUAUAACAAGGCCUGACAUUGCUUAUGCAGUUGGAGUGGUGAGCCGAUACAUGCAGGAGCCAAGGAAACCACACCUCGAAGAAGUGAAGAAAAUUCUGAAGUAUAUUAAUACCUCACUAGAUAUUGGUCUACUCUACGAAAAAGAUGCAAAAUUCGUCUUGCAAGGAUAUACAGAUGCUGACUUUGCUGGAGAUCGAGACGAUCGAAGGUCCACAUCUGGGUUUGUUUUUCUUUGUGGAAAUACUAGCAUAUUUUGGAGUAGUAGAAAACAAGGAUCAGUAUCCUUAUCUACAACAGAAGAAGAAUACAAAGCAUUAGCUCACGCAGUACAGGAGUGCAUAUGGCUUCGUAGACUCUGGGAGGAUUUUCAUGUCAAGACAAAACACAUUGAGUUGGAGCAUCACUUUAUUCGUGAAAAAGUACUAGAGGGAAUCAUUGAGAUGGUUGCAGUAAGGAGUGAAGAAAAUGUUGAUGAUAUCUUCACAAAAGCACUUCUUAAAGAGCCUCUUGGAUUGUCCAAAGACUCUUGGUCUUAUCUAGAAAAUGAGACUCUUCAUGUCUCUUAG